AAAACUCUGGAAAGUCCCGGAAACGUCACCCAGGAGAUAAGUCUGGCGCACUGAUCGGCACUCGUCUUUUCACAGCAACUCACGGUUGCUUCAAGAGGCGCUCCAUUCAGUCAAAGACAACACCCGAGAAACGACGGCCAUCUUCUUCAUGGUAGAGAAGGACAACUCCAUUCAUCACACUCUCAGCUGUUUUCCUUUGCUGCCUUCGAAGGACCAGCUCGCAGUUCACUUCGCUGACAACCAACAUAACUGCCCGUCUUUCUUCCACGCAAGGAAAUCGCAAAACAAAACUGGCGGACAAAAACUAAAAAAGUUAAAUGGCGCAGAAAGGAGUUCAACUGGACCGGGAAACCUUCUCUUGCUCCAUCUGUCUGGAUCUACUGAAGGAUCCGGUGACUACUUCCUGUGGACACAACUACUGCAUGGACUGUAUUAAAGCCCACUGGGAUGAAGAGGAUCGAAAGUACAUCCACAGCUGUCCUCAAUGCAGGAAGACAUUCACACCGAGGCCUGUCCUGCUGAAAAACACCAUGUUAGCAGAUUUAGUGGAGGAACUGAAGAAGGAUAAUGAAGGCCACAACACAGUCUCAGCUGCGGCAGAAAGGACUGAGAGGCAGAAAAAGCUUGAGGGGAGUCAACUAAACAUCCAGCAGAGAAUCCAGGACAGAGAGAAAGAUGUGAAGACACUUCAACAGGAGGCGGAGGCGAUCAAUGGCUCUGCUGAUAAAGCAGUGGAGGACAGCGAGAAGAUCUUCACUGAGCUGAUCUGUCUCAUGGAGAAAAGAAGCUCUGAUGUGAAGCAGCAGCUCAGAUCCCAGCAGAGAAGUGAAGUGAGUCGAGUCAAAGAGCUUCAGGAGAAGCUGGAGCAGGAGAUCACUGAGCUGAAGAGGAAAGACGCCGAGCUGAAGAAGCUCUCACACACAGAGGAUCACAACCAGUUUCUACACAACUCCCCCUCACUGUCCCCACUCAGUGAAGCUACAUCCAGCAUUGAUAGCCGUCCUCGGCGCUACUUUGAGGACGUGACAGCAGCCGUGUCACAAGUCAGCGAUAAACUACAGCACGUUCUGAGAGAGGAAUGGACAAAAGUUUCACUGGCAGUGACUGAAGUUGAUGUUUUACUGCAACAACCAGAGCCAAAGACCAGAGCUGACUUCUUAAAGUAUUCACGUGAAAUCACACUGGAUCCAAACACAGCACACACAGAGCUGUUAUUAUCUGAGGGGAACAGAAAAGCAACAGUAAUGAGUCAACAACAGUCUUAUUCUAGUCACCCAGACAGAUUCACAGGAUGUCAUCAGGUCCUGAGUAGAGAGAGUCUGACUGGACGUUGUUACUGGGAGGUGGAGAGGAAAGGGGCAGGAGUUAUUGUAGCAGUCACAUACAGGAAUAUCAGCAGAGCAGGGAGUGAAAAUAGAUUUGGACAAAAUGACAAAUCUUGGGCGUUACAUUGUAACAAUAGCAGUUAUGCAUUUUGUUACAACGAUGUCCUGACUCGCGUCUCAGGUCCUCGGUCCUCCAGAAUAGGAGUGUACCUGGAUCACAGUGCAGCUAUUCUCUCCUUCUUCAGUGUCUCUGAAAGCAUGACUCUCCUUCACAGAGUCCAGACCACAUUCACUCAGCCGCUCUAUGCCGGACUUUGGCUUUCUUUUUUUGAUGACACUGCUGAGUUGUGUAAAGUGAAAUAGACAUUAGUUAUUUAAGGGUUAUACUCUGACUUUUAAUCGUAGACUGUAAAAAUAAUGGACAAACUUUCGGGUCUGAAAAGUAAAGCCAAUGCAUUCUAUUUCAUUUCCAGCAGGGGGCGACUCUACUGGCUCCAAAAAUAAGUCUGUUUCUAUAGAAGUCUAUGAGAAAAUGAGCCUACUUCUGACUUGAAUUUUUUUUACCUCAGUAAACAGUUUCAUAAUAAGUUUAUAGUCUCAGUCGCUAGUUUCAAUUCUUUUUCAAUACAGCA